UAAAAGCAAAAGGAUUGGCCUUUGUUUUGUUCGUGCAGUUCAAAACUAGUUCUUCUAGAUUAUCAAUUAGACCUGUGGAAACCAUUGACGUGGGACCUCAUCGUGAUCCUUUUCCUAACAUUUAUUUUACGAAUUAGUUUCCUAAUUAUCAUUUCAUUUCAUUUCUCUUCCUCCCCUUCCUCAUUCCAAUCAUCAUGAAUUUCUUCAAAUCCGUUUUCUCAGACGACCCAGACCCUCAACAAUCCCAAUCCAACGACGCGCACCACACCGACUCGCCACACGCGCCAGAAAAUCCCUCCGGCGCGUGGAACUUCGGCAAACUAAUCAAAACCCUAAGCCAAAAAUCUGAAUCAGUCAUCGAAAUUUACCGCCGCGAUCUUAACGAAUUCGGCACCGGUUUAAAGAAAGAGAUUGAGAUCGCUCACGACUCUCUCGAAACGGUUGGCCACGUCAUCGAUCAAUUCGGUAACACCGUCAUCAAAGGAACGGCUCAGAUCAUAUCUCAAGGUAGACACGCAAUCAUCGAAUCCGAUUCUCAUGACAACAACAAUAGCAACGAUAAGAAACAGAGUAAUUUGAAUUUGAAAUUGUAUAAUAGAUUUGAAUCUCAGGUUCGUGCAAUUCAAGGUGAUCCUAAUACUUACACCGAAGAACCUGUUGAUUUGGACCGUUAUAAUAAAUGGAAAUUGGAGUUUUCGUUGGAAGGGAAAACCGAAGAAAUGGCAGGGUUUCUAAGAGAGAAUGACGCCAUGGAGAGUGUUUAUAAAAGGGUGGUUCCUAAUAUUGUUGAUAGUGAAACAUUUUGGUUUAGAUAUUAUUAUAAGGUUUAUAAGGUUAAAAAAGCUGAGGAUGUGAGGGCUAGGCUUGUUAGACGAAUGUCCAGGGAAGAGGAAGAAGAGUUGAGUUGGGAUGUUGAAGAUGAUGAUAGUGGUGAUUUUGAGAUAAAUGACGACGAUGAUGAUGAUGCGGUGAGUAUUAAGAGAUUGAAUACGGAAGAGGUGUGUGCUUCUGGUGGGGAAGAGUCUAGGGUUGAAAAGAGGAUGGGGGAGUCUGUUGAGGAAUCAAAAGUUGUUGAGGAUUUGGAGGUUAAUGAUGAGAAGGGUGAUGGAGGUCAAGUUGAUAAUGGUAAGGAUUUGGAUAAGAAAAUGACGAUGGAUAAGGACGCCGGCGAUGGAAAGUCUUUACCGGUUGUAAGUCAGAAGGAGGAGCAUGGGGAGGAGGAGAAAGAUCUUGAGUGGGAUGAGAUUGAGGAUCUUAGUAGCAUUGAUGAAAAGAAGGGAAUGGGGAGUGGUAGCCCAACCAAAGUUGAUUUACUGAAAAGAUUGAGUUCUGCGGCAGAAGAAGAAGAAGACUUGAGUUGGGAUAUUGAAGAUGAUGAUGAUGAGCUUGCCAAGGCUUGAGAGCUAUAGGUAUACAUAUACAUGUGCAUACACACGGGUCACAUUGAUAAAUAAAAGGUAGGUCAUAGUUUUGGAUAUAUUUAACUUCAAAAUUCCACCGAUACGCUAGGUGUUUCCAACUUCCACUUUCUAUUUCUUUUACUUCCUAUCCA